UGCUGACUUUGUUAACAGCGUGGUUACUUCCUCGGUGUUGGGACCAGAACAUUUUUAAUGUCCGUGUGGGUAAUCUGGAAUGUUUUGAAUUCAUAGAGUGAAAAUGCGAAAAUUGUGCAUCUUGGAGAAAAGCCAACUUGCUUAAAACUUUAUUGUGGAUGUGGACAUUUUAGAAAAAAGGUUUAGAGCUCUACGGAACAACAUAUCUAUCACCCAGUGGACUACCUUCGUCAUUAACAAAUAGGCUACCAGGCUGUUUUGGUGAUGCCUCCUCAUGAAUAAUUAUUUCAGUAGCUCUAGUGACAUGCGGAAAUAAUGGCAGCUUUACGAGCGUUUCGUAAAUUUGAAGGGCUAUUUGCUAUUUAUAAGCCACCUGGGGUUCACUGGAAACUCGUUCGAGACACCAUAGAGACACAUCUUCUCAAGGAGCUCAAUGCUUUCCAGCGUGCCCCCAAACAGGAGGUUCGUUUCCAGGCCCUACCAAGUGGAGAGACAGAUGUCACCAAAGAACUAACCAUAGCUGCCACUCAGCUUCCAGUCCUCUCGACCAGUCAUCAUGUGAGGGGACCACGGUACAGGACACUGAAGGUAGGAGUGGGACAUCGUCUGGAUGCAGGCUCAUCAGGAGUACUUGUCCUAGGUGUUGGACAUGGAAACAAGGCUCUUGAAGAGUUCUACAACUCCCCUAUUACUAGGGACUACACACUAGAGGGGGAGUUUGGUAUGGCCACAGAUGACUUUACUGAGACUGGACGCGUCAUAGAACGGACCACAUUUGAACAUGUCAAUCUGGAGAAGAUUGAGAUGAUCCUGGCUGUGAUCCAAGGAGGCCAUCAGAAAGCUCUCAUCUCGUACUCGGGCGUGGACCUGCAGUCUCAGGAGGCGUAUGAGCUGGCCUCUCGGGGGAUGUUGUAUCCACACGGCAAGUCUCCCCCCAUCCUCCUGGCUCUGCGCUGCACUCGAUUCCAGCCCCCACACUUCACUCUUGAGGUUCGUUGUGUGAAUGAGACCCAGGGUUACCUGCGAAAGCUGGUGCAUGAGGUGGGUUUGGAGCUGCGCAGCUCGUCUGUCUGCACAGGCGUACGCCGCACUCGCGACGGCACCUUUGGAAUUCGGGAGGCCCUCACUCGACAGCACUGGACUGCGUCGGAUAUCCAGCGUGCCAUUAAAGCAUCCCGCUCCAUGAUAAAGGCCCAGGGCAGGGCUGACAUCUCUGAAUCUGGUGCUGAGAAGGACUGUCAGAUAGAACAGCAGUACCAAAACAGAGGCACAGCAGAACACUCUACAGCCAGUAUGACAGAGACUGACCCCAAGCAGCUGUACUCCAGGGCAAAGGAAGCAGUAGGAAGCACAGCAUCCUGAUUUUCUAGUAUACCGUUGUUUAUAGAGUAUAUUGAAUUAUAUUUAAACAAACAUGUAUAGAAUCAGCCAUUGAGUGAAUCUUGUUGUGGAGGCUGGGACAACAUAAAAUGUUACAUUUGUUGUAAUGUUUUUUUGGUAUUAUGUGUUUUCAUCUUAUUCCGCAAUGGUGAAGAACCUUUUUUUUAAAUUAAAAAUUACUGGGUCUGGAUCGUGAUCCGUAUCACCACCAA